CAGGAACUAUCGGGGAACUAGAGUGAUAUUUGGAAGAAAUGGGACUGGCCGAGAGAGAAGCCGAAAUGCAGGAGCUCGAAACCUCACGACCUGGCAGAUCGCGAGACCUCUUCGGCGUGCAGCUCGAGGUUACCUCCUUGCUUUUGGAAGGUGAACGCAGAAAACUAGCGGUUCUUCAGAGGGAAUUGCAAGUCGCCCUGGAAGAAGGGGGAAGUGUGAAAGUGAAAGAAAAACAGCGACAGGAACUACUGCACGCAAUAUCGAAAAUUCAAGGACAGCACGAGCAACUCGACAAGGAGUACAGAAUCCACGCUGCCGGCGUUCUCUUAUGCAACUCGAGGGGCUCCGGGAAGCGGCGCGAGCAGGAGAAGAAGAAGAAAACCGGUGCCAGAGAACGCGCCGUUUGCCGAGACAAUGCCGGCCACCUAUGA